CCUAAUAAAUAAAUAAUAAAUAUAAAUAAUUAAAAAUAAAAUAAUAAUUCACCUCAGAGCCUCUCCUCUCCUCUCCUCUCCCAUCCUUUCCGUUUCAAUUUCUUCAUCUGUUUGUCUGUCUCUAUAUAUCUCACCUAUCUCUCCCCCCUUUUCUCCUUUCUUCUUCGUCUUUAUUAUUUUCCAUCAGACCACCAUCUUCACUCCCACCUCUCAUCAGGUUCCUCCUCAACCUUUCCUUCUCUAAUUUCAUCCCCUUUUUAAUUUAUUCUAUUUUCCCGAAAUUGUUUGGUCAGACACACACACACACACACACACAAUUAAAAAAUAACAUUACCUUUUUCAAGCAUCUAAUUAUAGAUCCGUGAGACUGCAUAGGUUUAAUUUAUCAAAUAAAUAUCAAAAAAACAAGAGAAAAAUGAAUCACUGUGGAAUUCAUCAAAACAACACCUUUGCGCCAUCCAGAGAUGAGAUGAGAAGCUCCGUUUCGGUUUCGGUAUCUUUCGAUAACGGCGAACCGAUGGUUUGUCCCAAACCCAGGCGGCUUAGUCUUUUCAGUACCACCGUGAACGAGCCUGUUAGGUCUCUCAGAUGGCAGAUGUGCUAUCAGUCCGAAGGAUAUGAGUCAAAAGCCGGCCCUGAGCUUCUUGACAUCAUCUUUUCAAAGGGUGGUGGAUAUGGAGGAUCAGAACAAACAUGUACACAGGUAGCCUCGUCGCCCCCGUUUUUCAGUGGGUCACCGCCGAGUAGAGUUUCUAACCCGCUAAUCCAGGAUGCACGAUUUGGGGAUGACAAGAUCUCCCCCUUGUCGCCCCAUUCUAUUGUGCCCAACCCUGCAGUGUCUGGAUCGCCGCCGCCGCCCCAAACAUCUUCAUCUGCAAGGAAAGGUGGAUGUUUACGUGGCAAUUUUGGUAACAAACCGGCUGUUAGGGUCGAGGGGUUUGAUUGCCUCGAUAGGGACAAUAGGCGCAAUUGCAGCAUCCCUACCUUGGCCUGAAAAAUCAAACCCUUGGUUAUUCCUAAACAUACUUUCUUCUUCGUUUCAAGUACAUAAACAAAUCGUUCUAGCAAAAAAAAAACUACAGUUAAAAUCAGUCUAUUUAAUUCUAGCCUUCUAAGGAGGAAUUUUGAAGAGAUACAAGCAGUGAGCAUCAGCCAGCGAGUUUCGUCACAUUUAGUGUAAAUAAGCGAGUCUUUAAUCUUGAUUUGUAUGUAAGUAAUUAGUGAGUUUAAUGACCAAAAUAAUGGUUGAGAGUAAGUGAGAGAGUCUGUGUUUACGAGUCUUUCUUGGUUUAGUUUUAAGGUGUAAUUACCCGUAUUGUUUUGUAAGUAUUAAGAGAUCAAGUGGGUAAUUUCCAAUGCUCCAAAUUUUCUGUUUUUGAGGGUCAUUAUGUAAGAAGAGCAAUUUGAUUUGCGAUUUUAUGAAGAGAAAAAAUGUGUAUAAAAGUUUCAAAAUCGCAAAUCUAGAUGCGUUUGACAUUGUAAAUAUUUUAUUAUCGUUAUAUAAACAUGUUCAUAUGUUUUUGAUUGAUGCAA